GACGUCUAUGCUGCCGUAUGCAUGAUGUCGCCAAACCAAUAAGCUUAUGCCUUAGCGGACGAGUUCGUUUUCCUUUGAGAUUGUUUGUUUUGUUUUAAUUUUUGUUUUAUGUUAUGCGUUUGGAAAUUUAUUAGAUGGAUAUAAGUGGCUUAUCAUGAAACUCCGGACUCAGUAUGACAGGAGUGAUUCCAGAAGAACACUGAUAUUGAGGGAGUCGCCAACUGUAAUGCAGCCGAAUUUUAAUGAGCCGGGUGCCCAGGCAGGAAACGGCUUAUCCCUGCCCCUUCAACCAGAGCUACCAACAAGGACACUGGCCACAGGGGGCUCGGACACAUCGGGCACUGGCGAGGUGCAUAUACCUAUCUCCAGUGGCCCAGCAGAGUCCAGUGGAGGAGGGGCAUCAUCCAGGAGGUCAAGAGCCAGCUCCCAUAGCCACUCGCACGGACACAGUCGUAGCCACCACCACUCCCAUGCUGAGCCUGACCCCGCGGACUCGGACCUGGAGGCUGGCGAGCCCAGCACGUCCUUCGCUGAGCUGCGCUACCUCUUCCGCUGGGUCCAGAAGAGUCUUCCCUUCUUAGUCAUCCUAUGUGCUAAACUAGUCAUCCAGCAUGCCCUUGGUCUAGCAGUUGGAGUUGGCUUGUUUACAACUUUCCUGUAUGUAAAUAAAAACCUACAAUCCCAAGUCUUUCUUCAGGACCGCCGUUCCAAGUGGCAGUGCAUGUGGCUGCUCCUCUUCCUGACCUCCUCCACGCUCCUGCUCUACUACACCUUCCUAACUGAGACACUUUACUAUUGCCUCAUCUUCCUCAGCCCUGCUGUUGACCUCCUGGGCUUCUGGGAGGUCCUUUGGGCAGUGGGCGUCACCAACUUCACUGUCAAGUUCCUCUUCAUGGGGUUCAAGUGCCUUAUUCUGCUGCUGCCCUCCACACUGGUGACACAUAGAGCCCAGGGGCGAUGGUUGAUGCUAACUGAGGAGGUGGGCCAAGUGUACCAGGCCAUGGUUCCUCUCCCCCUCUGGUUCCGCUACCUGAUCACUUACCAGGAGGUGGAUGGUACCACUGGACUCACCCUGGGAGUCCUGCUGGCUUUGCUCUACUUCAUUCUCAAGCUCUUAGGAUUGUAUGGAUCGUGGGGUUCUUUCCAGAAAACUGUGAGGAUAUUUCUCAAUGGCGAGCACACGGGGGCAGCGGCCAGCCGGAGCCAGUGCAGCGAGGCUGGAGACGUCUGUCCCAUCUGCCAGGGAGAGUACAGGGAGCCCCGGAGCCUCGUCUGUCAGCAUAUUUUCUGUGACGAGUGCAUCGCUCUGUGGUUCAACCGGGAGAAGACGUGUCCGCUGUGUAGAACAGCCAUCACAGACAAGGUGCACAAGUGGAGAGACGGGGCCACCUCACCCCACCUUCAGAUCUACUGACAGAGGGCAGUGGGAAGUGUGCGGACAGGACAUGGCUCUGGUGCUUAGUGUCAUAGUUGUAUCAAUGGCAAUACACCCCCCCCCCCCCCCCCCCAUUGACUUACGCACCGUGCCGUUUCUUCUCUGUCCAUUCAUUAAGGGCUGUGCCCUCUACUGGCCGAUGCCGGUAAAGGCAUAUAUGUGCAUUGGGACGCAUUACUGUUGAUGUAACUGCAACUACCUUUGAGGCACUUCUCUAUAACAAAGUUGGUCUCCGCAUGUCCUUGUCAUUUAGUUCGUUUUUCCCCCUUUCCAAACGUCUUUUUUUAUCAUGUGAAAAUGUUCCUUUAUAUUUAGUUUGGACUUAUUUCGAAGAAAAGACAGCCAUGUGGUACCUGAAGGCUUUCCUCUACUUGUAGAUAUGGGGUUCAUCAGAGGAAAACUGUAUUAAACGACACGCUAAGAGGUUUAUAUAACCCCUGGAUGAGAUCAAGAUCAACCCCCAGGUUUUGUUUUCCGUUUGGUCGGUUGUGGGUCAAUGACACGACUCCAGUGAGCUGCAAGACACCACCUGUGCCCUUAGUCAUGUUUCUCACUCAGUACCUGGGAGCCUGUGUGUGUGCUGGCUCUCACCCUAGAUUUGUUUGGUUCUGUACGCAGAAAUGACAGGUAACGACCUACCAGUUCUGUAGCUAGUACAGCCAUGUCGAUAGAUUAUAAUAAAUAAAUAAAUAUUACAGCAGUUUUGGUGUAAAACAGCACAUACCGUCUUCCAUGAUCUGAGUGAGAGUUCCUGCAUUUUGUACCGACAGUACGGGUUCCCAAAAGGGGCAUCUGGCUAGCCUGGCCAGGCUGCACUGUAGUGACUACAGAACAAAAUACUGAGGGAGGGGAGCACUUUUGCUCUGAUCAAUAUACAGUUGGGUCCCAAAGUCUGAGAGCACUCGUCAAAAUACAUUCUUCACAUGCGAAACAUAAGUAACGCAAAAUGUGUCUUUACAAAAUGAUCAUCAGCAAAAAUGAGUGACAAGUUGAAUCUUUGAAAAAGGAAUUUCAGAAUCGUAUUAUUUGUUAUGUCCUCCUUUUGUUUGAAUGACCGUGUGGACUUGAGCUGGCAUGGGACCACAAGUUGGCAUUGUGGAGUCAAUUUUGAUUUGACGUCAUAAAGAGCUUCUUGUGAUGGUCACAGCAGGGGUUGUAUUUCUCAGUCUUCAAUUCCUUCAGUCAAUGUUCAUUGUGUUCUCAGACUUCUGUGCUCUACUAUAUGUAUCCUUGCUUUUGUUUUUCCAAUGGGAUUUUUUGACAGAUUUGGGGACUUGCUUUCAAUAAGACAUAUGCAAUUGUGAGUGUAAUUUGAUCCAUGCGUAAAUUAUUUUUCUAUUAUGGUGCAGUUACAUCCUUUUUAAAAACCAAAGAGUGGAAGAUGCAUCUAUUUUAGUACCAUUAUGUAGUAAAAUCAUGUCACAAUUUCCUUGCAAAAAAAGAAAAGUAUGUUUCCAUCAACAAAUUUAAUAAAUGUUAUUCAAUCUCUUGA